AUGAGUGGCCAUGGAAACGUAUCGACACCACCAAUCGUAUCUUUACUAUCUGGUGGAAUUGCUGGAGGAGUAGAAGGUGCUCUUACAUACCCAAUGGAGUUUGCUAAAACACGAGUUCAACUACAUUCUGGACCAUCUAAAUUACCACGGAAUCCAUUUCAGAUUGUUCUACAAGUAUACAAACAAGAAAGUAUCAGAGCUUUGUAUAAGGGCUGUGGUGCAUUAGUAUUUGGAUCUAUUGCAAAAGAUGCCGUACGAUUUACUUCGUAUGACAGCAUCAAAAACGUCUUUCGAGAUCCGGAGACUGGUGUUCUAUCUCCGGGUCGCAAUAUGUUAGCAGGCAUGGCAGCGGGGGUUGCAGCCAGCAUAUUUGCAGUCACACCUACUGAACGGAUCAAAACGGCGCUUAUCGAUGAUGCCAGGACCACGAGGCAAUAUAAUUCCACAAUGCAUUGCAUACGUACCAUUCUCAAAGAAGAUGGAUUCGUAGGUUUGUAUAGAGGUUUCAUAGGUACCACUCUCAAACAAGCUUCUGCAACCUCUUUUAGGAUGGGUUCGUACAACAUUAUCAAGGAUUUUCAGGUCGUACAAGAUAUUCCACAGAAUACUGUCGUGAACUUCGCGAAUGGGGCAGCGGCAGGUGUAAUCACAACUUUGGCAACACAACCUUUUGAUACUGUCAAAACGAGAAGUCAAUCUUCGAAAGUGACUACAACCACUCAAGCUGUAAUGGGUAUCAUCAAAGAUGGUGGCGUGAAAGCCUUUUGGAGAGGAACAGUCAUGAGAUUAUCACGGACUGUGUUUAGUGGUGGUGUUUUGUUCACAACCGCGGAAGCUAUGACAAAGAUUUUGAAUCCUAUGUUUGCACCACAGCGUGCUUAUGAGUCUCUCUCUUGA